AUGCUCCAGCUCCAAGCCCUGAUCAACGCCCCGCUAAUGGUGAUGUUCAACAAGACGAGCAGCGAGAUUUUUGGCAUCAAUGACGGUGGUACCUUACUACUCUCCGCCGUCGGCUGGAUGGGCCUUUCUGGGAUGAUCGUCUCCCUAGCUGUCGUCGUCCCUUUAAUGGAUUAUUAUGGAAGAAAACCGAUAUGUGUCUAUGUAAAAUUCGGAAUGACAACACUUGGCGUUUCACUCUUCAUCCUCUCGUGGAUCGUACAAAACGGAAUCUUCUACCUACUUGGAUUGGGCUGUAUAAUUAUUCCUGUUGCCGUGAUGAUGCUGGGAGAUAUCAUAUUUUUGAGUGAAAUCGCUCCGGCUCAGCACAGAAGCUUCUUCGCCACGCUCUCACUAUCAUUUUUGCCGAUCUACGGCGGCGUUUGCCAUCUGUUGGCCCGCGAAGACGUUUGGGGAACGCCGGAAAAAUGGGGAUACAUCCCCAUUUUAACGCUGUUCCUGAACCUAUUAAUGCUGAUCGUUGGCUCAAAGCUGCCGAGUGGAAGGCCCGGACUAAAGGAUGAAUUCACACUCACCUCGUUCUACCAGCAGCAUUUUCAAAAAUUUCGCCGCGUCAUCGUGCCCAAGGCCGGCCUUGGAAAUAAAUUCCUGCUCGUCGCCUCGUUGCAGCUAUUUCUAAUGACAAAUAUUGUUUUAUUGGAGGCGGAAUUCGCCAUUCCAGUCUAUCGCGAAGAGGGGAUGAGCGUCAAUUCGAUCCUAACGAUGACACUGGUGCUCUUCGUCAUCCUGGCCCCAAUUCAAUGGCUCGGUCCGCUGCUGCUAAACAAAUUAGAAAAGAAAAAAAUAUUCCACAUCGUGCUCCCACUUUUCCUCCUCAAAGCCACGCUUCACAUCGUCAAUUCGGAGCUGCAGAUCGAGGCGCUUUGCUACCUCAAUGUCCUCCUGACGAAAACACUCGAAGCCACCGGGGUCACUGCGUUGCCAUUUGUGGUGGCUACUGAAAUACUUCCGCAAGAAUAUCUGGUUACGGUGACGCAGCUAUGUCUCGCCAUCUCUUCGAUCUGCAUUUCCUUCUUCACGUCGUUGGCCCCAUUCACAUUCGGCUCAUGUCUACAGUACUACCUGCUUUUUGUGGUCGGAUUCUCUGCACUGAUGGCUACGAUAGCAAGGAGAAACUGGAAAAUGGUCAGCGAGGAAAUUGAGGGUCCUGAAGCGGAGCCUCUACUCCGAAAGACGAGCCCUCCCCCGGAAUACGAACUGUUAAUU